AUUCAUUCCAGUCAUUAAUUAGUUUCUAGGAUGGAUUUCUCGAUAAUCCAACCAUUAUUGGAUGGAAUCAACUACAAGGCAUAUGUAGUUGGGUUCUCCAUUGCAGUGUACUUCUUUGAGCAGUAUCUCAACUUGCGUCAGUACCGCCGUUAUCUCUUGACAGAACGCCCUAGCGACCUUGCCGACAUUGUGAGCCAGGAAGACUUUGCAAAAGCUCAGAGCUACAAUCUCGAGAAAUCCCAAUUUGGGUUUAUUGAAAACGCGUACAAACAGAUUGAAACUGUUGCCAUGCUUUCGUUGGACUUUUUACCAUUCAUUUGGGAUUUUUCUGGUCGAUUGAUGCUGUCUGUUGCUGCCUAUGGCCCAGAGUAUGAGAUUGUGCAGUCAAUUGUCUUUACCAUCCUUUUCUCGACCAUCUCUACCCUUUCAUCUAUGCCCUUCUCGCUUUACUCUACAUUUGUGAUCGAACAGCGCCACGGAUUCAACAAGCAGACCCUGGGUUUGUUCUUUAUGGAUGCUAUCAAGUCCCACAUUAUCAUGGUUGUCAUUAUGGUUCCUUUCUUGGGUGGAUUUUUGCGUAUCAUCCGUUCUACCGGUGACAACUUUUAUCUGUACAUUUGGGUGGCCAUGCUACUUUUCCAGUUUGUCAUGAUCAAUCUUUAUCCUACCUUGAUCCAGCCUCUGUUUAAUAAAUUGACUCCUCUUGAGGAUGGUGAUCUUAAGUCCAAGAUUGAAGCCUUGGCUGCCCGCAUCAACUUCCCCCUCAAGAAGCUCUAUGUUAUUGAUGGUAGCAAGCGUUCCAGCCACUCGAACGCCUAUUUCUAUGGUUUUGGCAAGAACAAGCACAUUGUUUUGUUUGAUACUCUGAUUGAUCACUCUAGCGAAGAAGAGAUCUGUGCUGUUCUUGCUCAUGAAUUGGGUCACUGGGCUAUGAGCCACACUCUUCGUAUUCUUGCUUCGAGCCAGAUGUAUUUGUUCCUUGUCUUCUGGCUCUUUUCGUUUGCGAUCCACAGCGAGCAUCUUUACCAUGACUUUGGAUUCAGCACCAUGCCUACUCUUAUUGGCUUUUUGCUUUUCCAGUUUGCAUUCUCUCCCUUGGAUAGUGUCAUCAACUUUUUAAUGCAUGUUUAUCAGCGCAAGAAUGAAUUUGAAGCAGAUGCCUAUGCUCUCAAGUUGGGCUAUGCUGCUACUCUUCGCAGUGCAUUGAUCAAGUUAAGUAUCAAGAAUCUCGGUGGUUUCAACAUUGAUCCCUGGUAUUCUGCUUGGAACCAUUCCCACCCCAGUCUCACCGAACGUCUCAAGGCAUUGGGCGUCGAACCUACUUCGGACACUCCAAUUACUCAAGAAGAGACAAAGAAAGAACAAUAGAUAUAUCUUCUAUAGUCUAUUGUCCGAAAAUGGAGAUAUAUAUAUAUAUGUAAUUAAUUAAUUAUAAUAUUUGAGAGUUGUUUAUUUUUAUUCUUAUUUUAUUUUAUAAUCAUAAUUAUAAUUAUAUACGCUGCAUAUAUUUUAUGAU